ACGGCCCGCGCAGCAUACCCGGCAGCGGUGGAGCCGAUCGAUGGGAUGCGGGGUGCUGCUUACGGUUGAAGGCGUUGACGCAGUGAAGCUCUGAAAGAGCCGGCGUGAACGAGGCCACCGAUGAUGCUCCUCCGGUUGGUGCUUCUAGCGGCUGCUGCGUGCGCGUCGCGCGAAGCCAAGCGGCUACACGAUGACCUGCUGUCCGACUACAACCGGCUCAUCCGUCCUGUCGGUAACCAUUCGCACAAGGUGACCAUCGUCGUCGGCCUAAAGCUGUCGCAGCUCAUCGACAUCAACCUCAAGCACCAGGUCAUGACUACGAACAUUUGGCUUGAACAGGAAUGGGAAGAUGACAAGCUCCGCUGGAACCCGGAGGACUACGGCGGCGUGGACAUGAUCCACGUUCCGGCUGAGAGCCUCUGGCUUCCGGACAUCGUGCUUUUCAACAAUGCGGACGGCAACUACGAGGUGAUCCUGAUGAACAAAGCGACCGUCUACUCGACAGGCAAAGUGGUCUGGAAACCGCCGGCUCUUUACAAGAGCACCUGCGAAAUCGACGUCGAGUAUUUUCCUUUCGACGAGCAAAACUGCCUCAUGAAGUUUGGAUCGUGGACCUACGAUGGCCUUGAGGUGGACCUCCAGCAUGUUAAGCAGCGUCCCGGCGUGGCCGUAGUGGAGACGGGCAUCGACAUGAGCGAAUUCUACAAGUCAGUCGAGUGGGACAUACUGCGCGUGCCGGCCAAGUACAACAACGAGUUCUACGACUGCUGCGAGGAGCCGUUCCCCGACAUCACCUUCAACAUCACCAUGCGCCGAAAGACGCUCUUCUACACGGUCAACCUGAUCAUCCCCUGCGUGGGCAUCUCGUUCCUGACUGUGCUCGUCUUCUACCUGCCCUCGGAUUCCGGCGAGAAGGUGACACUCUGCAUUUCCAUCCUCGUCUCCCUCACCGUGUUCUUCCUCCUGCUCGCCGAGAUCAUCCCGCCCACGUCACUGGCCGUGCCCCUUCUAGGCAAGUACCUGCUGUUCACCAUGAUCCUCGUCACGCUGUCCAUCUCGGUGACCGUCGGAGUGCUGAACGUGCACUUCCGGUCACCAUCGACACACCGCAUGGCGCCCUGGGUGCGGCGCGUGUUCGUACACCUCAUGCCACGACUACUAUUCCUGCGGAGGCCCGAUGCGGCCGACCGCCAGCAGCCGCCCGUCGACCCCUUGCAGCUACUGCUACUACGGCGGCCCACAGAACCGGUGACGCCGGCGCCGGUGGUGCCUCCUUCGGCCGCCGCCGCGGACCGCCAGCAGUCCGAGUCCCCCGAAGCCGGCUCGUGCACUCCGGAAGUGCGCAGGGCCAUCGACAGCGUGCUCUUCAUCGCCGACCACAUCCGCAAGGAGGACGACGACGAAAGCGACUGCGAGGACUGGAAAUACGUGGCCAUGGUGUUGGACAGGCUGUUCCUGUGGAUCUUUACUCUUGCUAGCCUGGUAGGCACGUGCGGCAUAAUCCUGCAAGCCCCUUCCCUCUACGACACCCGGCUGCCCAUCGACGUCCAGAUGUCACACAUCGGCCGCGAGUACGCCACCCUACACUCACCCUGAUCAGUUGCGACGACGAGACGCUGUGUUUUGAAACGACCCGAGGUCCCGGUAUAUUGAAGCAACGAAGUUGUUCACUUGUAUUGGAAAUACGACUUAUAUCAACUGAUGGAGUCUGAGAGCAAUAUUUUUGUGCGUCUCUAUUUGCUCCAUCCUUCCGCGCUCUUUUACAAAGUUUACCUCGCUAAUAUGAGCUGAAACACCUUUUAAUUAAAGACACUGAGGGAUCAAUCGAACAACUACGUUCCGACAGCCAAUCUCUAUUUGCUUCGAUGGAUCUUCGCCCCGCAAAAGAACGUUGGUCAUCCAAGGCUUCGUGUGCACACUUCGUUGUUUUUCAAACGAGAACAUCACGUCAUCUAUAUAUUGUCUAGCGUGCGAAUCACGUAGCGCCAUUUGUACAGACCACAUAUUUAUUGUAAGUCCCCUUCAUUAAGGAAGAAAAAAGUGCGAAAGAUAUAACGCGGGUUUCCACGCCGUUGGCGCAGGUAAACACACGUGGUAUUCGCCAUGACGAACAGUACAAUUCGAUAACUAUGCGUCGAAGGUGACUGGUGCUUCAUGGUAUGCUUGACGAACAACCAUACCAUGAAACCAUACAUACCAUUUGUAUUGUCUGUGGCCAUACAAAUAUGCAUAAUCGCAGAUUGAUUUACGGGGAGAACUCGCUACGCUGUGGCCAUAUUUCUUUUAGCACGGCAUUAUAGCCGUAAACGAGGGAUCCUGCUUCAUGUAGUCACGCUCACCGGAUUUAGGGAAACGGGGGGGAAUCGCACCGCGAUGGCUUUGUGGCUAUGGCAAACGAGCGCUCAAACAGUGCAUCUUAACAGCAGCGCCAGAACGCACAGCACAAAAAGCGAUUUUGCAUUAGCAAAUUGACAGCCUGAGUGUCCAGUUUUGGACCUGACUGGGCACGACGUCUUAUAACGCACUGACGCAUGCGCUCAUUGAAACGCGCCCGGUCAUGGUAUAAAUGACUUAACAUAUCGACCUAAACAAGGAUUGAUAAAGGUGCGUGUCUGUUAACGUUAAAAAUGUCGUAUUGUUCACGUGGCCUCCCUACCGGACCGCGACAGCUCGUCCUACUGGCGCACUCAAACUUCCGUAGCAUUUCCUCACCACGACUGGUUCACCAUGGCUGUUUUGCUGCUGAAGGUCAAGUUGCAUGUUCAGGUCGGUGCAGCAGCAAUCACAUUUCGAUGGGGGAAGUAGGCGAAAAGGGCCAUGUGCCGAGCUUCACGUACAGAAUCCAACUGGUCUAUUUUCAGCACCAAUUUGCACGCCACCCCUUUCACCCCCCCCCCCCCCCCCCGGCACCAACACCACCAGGAGAAACAAAAGACACCGCGACGCAUCACGCAGUUGAAGGCUGUGUGUGGUCCUCUUAUUGUAUCUUCACUGUCUGGCGUAUUCCGUCCGCCAGACUUUGGUUCAACAGGCCCGUGUGGUCGCCGAGAUCAUCCUAGAGGCCCCGGACUAGGGUUCCCUCCCACAUGCUUAGUUUAUAUAGUUUUAAUAAAAUGUUUUCUCCCUCUCUCUCCCUUUCUCAGCGCUAUCCAUCGAAACGUACGGAGCCGUUGUUUAUUGCCGUGUGUUCCACAGAGAGCGCCGAGGCUAAACGGAAUGUACGGCUCACUGGUGAACACCUGUAAAGUUGGAUUUUUUUUAAUCGACUGCUAUAAUAUAGAAUAAUGGUGCUUACGGAGCAGAAGAAAAACCUCGAGCGGGGAGAUAGGUGUGCGUGUGUACACUGCGAGAUGCAGCGAAAGUGAAUGCAGCGGCGCUUUUGUGUUCACCUCUUUCUCAGCGGUCUCCCAGCAGCCACACGCAUAUCUUCCUGCUCUUCGGAUCUGUCAGCUGCAUUCAUGUGCACGCUCUGCUGUUUGACACACUCGCUCAAAUCACUAUCCUGAUGUAGAACCAGCAUUGAAAACGUCUGUAACUUUUUAAUCUUCCUUCUCUUUUGACACUGCUUUCUAGAAACAUGUUUAAAACCAUCGCUUCUUAAGCUUUACAUUCAAUUAAAGGUAAACGCCUGUACUUGUUCCUUCACAUGCUGUCUUCUUUUGCUGUUAUUAGUCAUUAACUCCUCAUUUAGAACAUUUUUUUUCUCGGAACCUUUACACUGUUGAGUUGUUGUUUGCAGGACGGUUGUUAGCUGAGUUUGUUGGCACAUAUUCACGUGAAUAUGUUAAGACAAUGGUAUUGUUUGUUUGCUGUUGUACAUUUGCUCGCUGACCAUUGUGAAAAUAAAGGUCAUAAUUCAUUCUGACCACAU